CGACUUAAUCGCACACAUUUUGCAUUUACACCACGGACGUCGCUGUUCGUUUAUAUUUUAAAGGUGCUGGUUAUUUUCUGCGGAGAGUUAUUCGAAAUUUCACCAAGUGAUCGUAAUAACCAGAUUUUCUAAACCGGUAUUAAUUAGUGGAAUAUGGCUGACUUACCUGCAGUACUGCAAAAGCUAUUCAGCUAUAUUGACUCCAACAAGGAGCAAUAUAUUACAGCUCUGAAGGCAGCUGUUGCUAUACAAUCGGUUUCUGCAUGGCCUGAUAAGCGUGAUGAAAUUCAAACCAUGGUGCGGUCAGUUGCUGAUAAGCUACGCAGCCUAGGCGCUGAAGUGGAAUUGGCUGAUAUCGGAAGUCAGCGGUUACCAAAUGGUAAAGAGAUUCCACUUCCGAAUGUGAUUCUGGGAGUUCUGGGAAAGGACGAAAAAAAGAAAACAGUUGUAGUUUAUGGGCACUUGGAUGUGCAACCUGCUUUGAAAGAAGAUGGUUGGAAUACUGAGCCUUUUGAUUUGACUGAAAUCGAUGGAAAGUUGUUUGGCCGAGGUGCCAGUGAUGAUAAAGGUCCUGUUUUGUGUUGGAUUCAUGCAAUCGAAGCAUUUCAAAAACUUGGUAUUGAAGUUCCGGUUAACUUGAAGUUUGUUUUUGAAGGCAUGGAAGAAAGUGGAAGUGAGGGUCUUGAUGACCUUUUGAUGGCUCGUAAGAAUGAUUUUUUGGCAGAUGCCGACUAUGUUUGCAUCUCUGAUAAUUAUUGGCUCGGGAAAAAACGCCCAUGCUUGACCUAUGGCCUUCGUGGUUUGGUUUACUAUACGAUUGAGGUGGAGUGUGCCAUCAAAGACCUGCAUAGUGGUGUUUUUGGUGGUACGGUGCACGAAGCAAUGCCGGAUCUCUGUUACCUACUUAAUCAACUAGUAGACAAGGAUACAAACAUUUUAAUUCCAGGGAUUGAUAGAGAUGUUGCACCUUUGUUGCACAACGAAAAUAAAAUUUACCACGACAUCGAUUAUGAAGUUGAUGAAUAUAAAAAAGACAUAGGAGCCCAGCAACUUCCGCAUAAUGAGGACAAAACCAAGUUGUUGAUGCACAGAUGGCGUUACCCAAGCCUUUCCAUUCAUGGAAUCGAAGGGGCUUUUUACGAACACGGUGCAAAAACUGUCAUACCUGCUAAAGUUAUCGGCAAAUUUUCUAUACGUUUAGUACCUAAUCAAGACCCAGACCACAUCACAGAAUGUGUGAUUAAGUACUUAAAUGCGAAAUGGCAAGAACGUGGCUCUCCGAACAAAAUGAAGGUCAAUCUCGUAAGUAGUGGCAAACCUUGGACUGAAGAUCCAAACCAUCCCCACUACGAGGCUGCGAAAACUGCCAUCAAACACGUGUUUAAAACAGAACCUGACAUGACUCGGGAAGGUGGUUCCAUACCUGUGACAUUGACACUGCAGGAGGCCACCGGCAAGAAUGUAAUAUUGGUCCCAGUGGGAGCUUGCGAUGAUGGAGCACACUCGCAAAAUGAAAAAAUUGAUAUAUUUAACUAUAUCGAAGGAACUAAACUUCUCGGAGCUUACUUACAUGAAGUUGGAAAAUUGAAUUGAAUUCAAUGUAAAAUUUAAACCAAUGAAGAAACUACAUCACAGAGUUAACAAUACUCCAGUAUAUAUAUCAGCAUUAACACUUUAAUAACAAUUUACUUUUUUUAGCAGACAAUAAAAAUAUACUGAAUAAAAGUCAUUUUAAAUCAA